AUGGGCAAGAAGGCCAUGUACGGACACUCUCCUCUCUUCCGACACCCACCCCUUUUACUGACCCAGCAUAGUGAUUCGCGCAUUCCGGCCCUCAUCCGCAAUGCCGCCCAAGAACACAAGCGCGGUUUCUUCGUAGUCGUCGGCGACCGUCAAAAGGAUGUCAUCGUCAACCUGCACUAUAUUCUCCAGACCGCCAACCUCAAGGCAAACAAAUCCGUCCUUUGGGCCUACAAGAACAAGCUGCUAGGCUUUACCAGUCACCGCAAGAAGAGAGAGCAAAAGAUCAAGAAGGAAAUCAAGCGCGGUAUCCGUGAUGUCGACAACGAAGACCCCUUCGAGCUGUUCGUAUCGACUCAAAACAUCCGCUAUGUUUACUACAAGGAGACGGAGAAGAUUCUCGGAAACACCUACGGCAUGUGCAUUUUGCAGGAUUUCGAAGCCAUCACCCCCAACCUUCUCGCCCGUACCAUCGAGACCGUCGAAGGAGGAGGUCUUGUUGUUAUGCUUCUGAAGGGCAUGAGCAGUUUGAAGCAGCUUUACACUCUGUCUAUGGACAUCCACUCGCGCUACCGCACAGAGGCUCACGGUGAUGUCGUUGCUCGCUUUAACGAGCGUUUCAUCCUGUCCCUCGGCAGCUGCGACUCGUGUUUGGUCAUUGACGAUGAAAUGAACGUUCUGCCCAUUUCUGGAGGAAAGACUAUUCAGCAGCUGCCACCUCCGGACCCGGAAGCUCAAGGCCAGACUCCUGCUGCCAGGGAACUCGCAACCAUCAAGGAAAGUCUCGCCGACACUCAGCCCGUUGGAUCUCUCGUCACUCUGGCCCGUACCGUCGAUCAGGCCAAGGCCCUGCUUACCUUCGUGGACGCCAUCGCCGAGAAGACCCUGCAAAGUACUGUCACCUUGACUGCUGCUCGUGGUCGCGGUAAGUCGGCCGCGUUGGGUGUCGCCAUUGCCGCUGCCGUCGCCCACGGCUACAGCAACAUCUUCAUAACCUCGCCCAGCCCCGAGAACUUGAAGACUUUGUUCGAGUUCGUCUUCAAGGGUUUCGACGCCUUGGGCUACCUCGAUCACGUUGACUACACCAUCAUUCAGUCUACUAAUCCUGACUUCAACAAAGCCAUCGUCAGAGUCAACAUCCACCGUCAACACAAGCAAACCAUUCAGUACAUUCAACCGCAGGAUGCCUACACUCUUGGUCAAGCAGAACUCCUGGUUAUCGACGAAGCUGCUGCGAUUCCCCUGCCCCUGGUCAGAAAACUCAUGGGCCCUUACCUGGUCUUCAUGGCUUCGACCAUCAACGGCUAUGAAGGUACUGGUCGCUCUUUGUCCCUGAAACUGAUCCAACAGCUCCGUGAGCAGUCUCGUGGAGGUUCAAAGACCAGUGACGAGCAGGUCGCUGAUCGUUCUACCGGAAGAUCCGCCAAGGAUGAGAACCAAGUGGCUAUUGCCGGUCGUUCUCUUCGCGAAAUCACCCUGUCGGAGCCUAUUCGUUAUGCUCAAGGAGAUUCUGUCGAAAAAUGGAUGAACCGCCUUCUCUGUCUUGACGCUACUCUUCCUCGCGCAUCGACGACCCGUGGCUGCCCUCAUCCCGACCAAUGCCAGCUUCUCUCCGUCAACAGAGACACAUUAUUCUCUUUCCACCCUGUCUCGGAGAAGUUCCUACAACAGAUGAUGGCACUUUACGUUGCUUCACACUACAAGAACACUCCCAAUGACUUGCAGCUUAUGUCCGACGCCCCUGCUCACCAGUUGUUUGUGCUUGUACCUCCGGUCGAAGAGGGCAGCAACCGUCUUCCUGAGCCACUGUGUGUCAUCCAGCUAGCCCUGGAAGGUCAGAUUAGCAGAGAGAGUGUGAUUAACAGCUUGAGUCGUGGUCAAAGAGCAGGAGGUGACUUGAUCCCCUGGUUGGUCAGUCAACAGUUCCAAGACGAAGACUUUGCCGGACUUUCUGGAGCACGUGUCGUUCGUAUUGCUACACAUCCCGACUACAUGAAUAUGGGCUAUGGUAAGAAGGCUCUCGAGCUUCUGACCGAUUUCUUCGAAGGCAAGUUCACAUCCUUGUCUGAGGAUGAUGGACAGGCCGAGGCCGGAAGCGAGGGUAUGGUUCGUGUCACAGAUGCCGAGCUUGAGAAUGCCAGUCUGUUGCAGGACAACGUGAAGGUUCGUGACAUCUCAACAAUGCCUCCGCUCUUCGCCCGUCUGUCGGAGCGCAGACCUACCCGCCUGGACUACAUGGGUGUGUCAUAUGGUCUUACCUCGCCACUGCACAAAUUCUGGAAGCGCGCAAACUUCGUGCCUGUCUACCUUCGCCAAACCGCUAACGAUUUGACUGGAGAGCACACCUGUGUCAUGCUGAGAACACUUGACAGUGCUACCUCCUCGGAUCCUGCCUGGCUCGGAGCAUACUCCAAGGACUUCCACCGCAGGUUCCUCAGCCUUUCAUCCUACCAGUUCCGCAAGUUCACCAGUGUGCAGGCUUUGAGUCUCGACGAGUCUGCCAACGCUGGUAUCAAACUUGACAGCAGUGUGUCCACAAAGGCCCUGACCAAGAGCCAAUUGGAUGAGUUGUUCAGCCCCUUCGAUCUGAAGCGUCUGGACAGUUACGCCAACAACAUGCUGGAUUACCACGUCAUUCUUGACUUGCUACCCAAGAUUGCGGAGCUCUUCUUCACUGGCCGUAUCAAGGGCGAAGAGGCCGUGAAACUCAGUGGUGUGCAACAGGCCUUGUUGUAUGCUAUCGGUCUACAACGCAAGACUCUUGAAGAUCUCGAGAAGGAACUUGGCUUGGGAAGCAGCCAACUGCUUGCCAUGUUCGUCAAGGUGAUGCGCAAANUGUCCAUGCACUUCCGUGGCCUAGUCGAAGGAGCUGUCGCAGAGACCAUGCCCAAGGGCAUUGGUGGUGGUGACGCCGAAGCCAACAAGAUCGACGGCGAGGAAGAACAGAGAUUCGCACCCCUUCAGCAAACCCUCGAGGACGAUCUUGCCGAGGCUGGUGACGAGUACAUGGCUGCCGAGAAGGAGCGUGCUCGUGCCAUGAUCGAUGCACUUCCCCUGGACAAGUACGCGAUCGCCAACGGCGAGGCCGACUGGGACGAUGCCGAGCGCCAGAUCCAAAAGGCAGGAGGCCGCAGCGGCAAGAGCACGACAGUCAGCGUGAAGUCGAAGAAUGCAUCGAGCAAGCGCAAGGCUGGCGAGGCCCUCGAAGAGGUGCAGAAAGAGGCUGCCAACUUCGACGGCAAGAAGAGCAAGAAGGGCAAAAAGUCAAGGUAA